CCAGGCUGCAGACCGUCCCCAGCGCUCCCCGGUGAUCCGUCUGAGUGUGGCAGCUGGUUCAUCACAUCCGAGCUGCACUUUAGCGUCUUUUUUUUUUUUUUUUCCCCUCCCUCACUUUAUCUUCGACACAUCAACGAAGAGCGGAGGCGUGAUCAUACGCAGAGAGGCGACAAUUCUGUAUUCAGCGCGAAAAGAAAAAAAAAAAAAAAACAACAAACAAAAAAAAAAAGACAAAGUCCCGCCUUCAUCUUUAAAAAUAACUGCGGGGAGCUCAAACAGGAAACUUGUGCGCUUCACCUCUCUGCAGCUCACCGAUGCAUCAGUUGACACUCGAUCAGCUUCUUCCCUCCUUGACAAUCCACGCCAGCAGCGCAGCAGCUCGUCCGCCGCGUCCCCGCGUCGCUUCGCCCUGAACUCGGAGGGAGUCGUUUUGGGAAAACUAAUCUUUUAAGACAGAUGACCUCUUUUUACGACGAGAGAGAUCUGGAGGAAGAGCUCACUCAAAUCAACUGCCCCGAUGACGAUUUGCAGUUUGAGUACUUGUUUGAAUACGAGCCGCACUGCAGCGACUUCGCGGGGGGUGAUCAAGAUGACCCCAACCUCGCAUCCCACAAAGUCCUCAGCCCCGAGUCUGAGCAGGCUUUCCCUCUCGAGGAGGCCUCCCCGUACGGCAUCAAGUCCUGCAGCCCGUCCUACGGUGGACACAGCGCCGAGGUUCUCGCGGGAUAUGAGAACCAGGAGGCCAGAAACUACCUGGACAGUACCCGACCUGCAGGCCUGGCCCUGAGCCCGAGGAUCGAGAUCACCCCCUCCCGUGAGCACUACACCCAUGACUCCCUGCAGAACCACCACCUGAACAUUAGCCCCAGACCGACCCUCACCGUGCCCGGCCAUGACAACCUCGCCUACCGUGAGCCCCAGUGCCUGAGCCCCGCCAGCAGCAACUCCUCCACCAGCUGGCACUCGGAGAGUUACUCCCCCUGGGCGUCUCCCUGUGUGUCCCCCAGCAACGGCCAGAACCCCGGAGACCUCUGCCCCAGAUUACAGAACAUCCACACUGGCUCCCCUCGCACCUCCCCGGGCACCUCUCCUGGCACCAGCCUAGCUGAGGACGGCUGCCUGGGACCCCGCUCGCCCUCCCCCAGACCUGGCUCCCGCUCCACCUCCCCACAGGGCAAACGCACCUACGACAUGUACAGGAAUCCAGGCCUGGUCCCCGGGCACCGCUCCCGCAGUCCCUCCCCUCACAGCGGCCAUGAGGAUCACACCAUAGGUGCCCACUAUACACACAGCAGCCUCGCUGAUGCCAUGAAUGGGUUUGGCUCUGGUCAGCCAGGCCUGGUGCCCACUAAAAUAGUCAAGACGACCAACCAGGUUUACACUCUGUACCCAGAAAACCACGUAGAAGGAAACUACUUGGUGUCCUGCGAGCAGGACAUAAAAACCAAAGCUGCUGCAGAGCCUUUCUUUGUUAUCCCCCCGAUCUGGUCCAAGCCGCUGGUCUCCAGCAUCUGCAGCAUCCCUGUGGCCUCGCUCCCUCCUCUGGAAUGGCCGAUCCCCUCCCGCACAGACCAGUACGAGCUCCACAUCGAGGUGCAGCCCAAACCGCAUCACAGGGCUCACUAUGAGACGGAGGGGAGCAGAGGUGCAGUCAAAGCGCCCACAGGAGGACAUCCUGUAGUGCAGCUACACGGCUACAGAGGCAAGGAGCCGCUCGGCCUGCAAAUCUUCAUCGGUACGGCCGACGAGCGCAUCCUCAAGCCCCACGCCUUUUACCAAGUCCACCGCAUCACCGGCAAGACGGUCACGACCACCAGCUACGAGAAGGUCAUCCACGGCACCAAAGUGCUCGAGAUCCCCCUGGAGCCCAAGAACAACAUGAAAGCAAUAAUCGACUGUGCCGGGAUCCUGAAGCUCAGGAACGCCGACAUCGAGCUGAGGAAGGGCGAGACGGACGUCGGUCGGAAAAACACCCGUGUUCGUCUCGUGUUUCGUGUGCACAUACCUCAGCCCGGAGGACAGUACGUCUCUCUCCAAGUGGCCUCGCAUCCCAUCGAGUGCUCCCAGCGAUCGGCACACGAGCUUCCCAUGGUGGAGAAGCAGGACAUGGACAGCUGCUCUGUUCUGGGAGGCCAGCAGAUGAUCCUGACCGGGCAGAACUUCAGCUCCGAUUCCAAGGUCAUUUUCCUGGAGAAAAACCAGGAUGGGCAGCAAAUCUGGGAAAUGGAGGCAACGGUGGACAAAGAUAAGAGCCAACCGAGCAUGCUGUUCGUGGAGGUGCCGUCCUACAGAGACACGUCCGUCUGCCAUCCUGUCAAAGUCAACUUCUACGUCAUCAACGGCAAGAGGAAGCGCAGCCAGCCUCAGCACUUCACCUUCACACCGCUGGCAGCUCCAUCCAUUAAGACCGAGCCUAUAGACGAGUAUGAAGCAGACCACAUGGGUUUCGCCAUGCCCCAGAUCUUGGGCUUGUCCCCUCAUUCCUACUACCAUAACCAACGCGGCGUCCUCCAUCCAGACAACGGCCUGGUCUCCGGCAUGGCCUCCUGCCAGCGCCUCAGCUCCAGCCUUCCAAACCAAGAAGCGCGUUUCCAGCAGCAGAGCCCGGCCAUCAUGUACUCCCGCGGGGGCAAGAGUCUGAGCGGCAGCCCCGGCAUUUAUCAGCAGGCUGGAGGGAUAAUGCCUGACCCGCACCGGUCGGUCCUGGUCCACACCGGCUCCCCGGCUCAGGCUCUAGGUCCCAUCGUUGCGGGCCAGCACCCUUCCAUCAUCCAGUUCUCCCCCACCAACCACCUGCUCCGAGCGGGAGACCCUCAGGCCCUCACUGCUCCCCCGCAGCCUGAUAACCAGCAGAUCAUCUACUGCGACGGCUACUCCCCCCAGGCAGCUGCCGCCACCCACUCGCCUACGCCCCCCCAGGCCCAGGCAGCGGUGACCCACCCUCAGCACUAUCCCACCGUGAUCCAGCAGCAGCCGUACACGCAGAAGGGGCAGCAGAAGGGCCGAGCUCCGCCUGGCACGGGGCAGAUGGAGGCUCCGGGAGACGGACAGAGGAGGGUGACGGUCAAGGAGGAGAACUUGGACCAGGCCUACCUAGAUGAUGGUGAGUUGAAUGAGAUCAUAAGAAAGGAUCUGACGGGCGUCCAGGCCAGAGGGCAGACAUAGACGAGGGACCCCAGCAGGAUAUGACAACAGCUAACCCCCCCACUCCCCAUCCAACCCUGAGACACACAGACAGACACACACACAAACACAAACACGCAGACUUCAACCUUCCGAAGAGGUGACGCACAUCCACCAACAAUCAGCCCUUCUCUUCCUCACCCCCCCCCCACCGUACAGAUACAGAAAUAUCAGCUCCCAGCUGCUGUGUUUGCUUUGGAUGCUUUCCUGCAAUAAACAACUCAUUCAAGCCUUAACGUCGACACCCAGCAGGUUUCCGAUGAGAAAAACGAUGAGAAACAAGAAGGGAAUGUGCCUUAUUGUUUUGACUUUCCUUUCUUGUUGAAGUUUGGAUUCAAGUUGGUCUUGUUAAAAAAAAAAAUUAUAAGAACAGGGAUACAUGUGUCCCUAGUAUUGAAUUUGCCGUGCUGCCUAGGCAAUAAACUCACACCUGUUUGCCUCCCACACGAGUUGAAUGAUGGUUCUGUAGCAUACGACCGUUUUCAAGUGUGUGAAUUUUCUAAUUUGAAAGAAAAAAAAAUUUGACCAACAGCCCAAAUAUGUUACAUCAAAUAUUCGUCUUGGCCAAAAAGCUUGCCAUGUCUUUGUUUAAUUCUUCUUGCACACAGUGUGUGUCACGUCUGUGUGUUUGUUCAUAUGCAGUUUUACAGUGAAAAGAUCGUCCUUAGCUUUAAAUGCUGAUCAUCUCAUUUUUUAAGCGCAGUCUUCUAAUCUAAAGCGACUGCCUUUAUCAUAUACAAAUGAACUAUUGUGACGCCUCCUAAUAUGCACUGUUUUGAAUAACAGGAGGUCAAUGUUAUUACUUUUUAUAAAUAUAUAUAAUAUUUGAGUCAUGUGAAUAAUGUACCAUUUUAUAUUCAUAAAAUAAGAUAUAUAUUGCCUUAUAUUCAGGUGAUGAUGCCAAAGUGGCGUCACAGGGGCCUGUGAUGCUGCAGCGAUAGGUCUGCAUUUUUAAAUAAUUUCUGAUGAUGCUCUAUUUGAUUUGUUUUGUCCCUCGUCAGUCUUGCAUUUUAAAGAUUAUUUAAAAAUGUAUCUGAAGUUUGGCUCAUGCAAGCAGAAGUAAGAGAUUUUGUACACUCAAAUUUUAAAGGAUGUCGUUUUGUUUUGUUUAAUUUCUGUUUUAUCUGUUUCGCUCUUACAGCCGAUUAUUAAAUCUGUGGCUGCGUCCACAGUCUAAAACAAAAAUAUGCCAAAGCUUAUGUUGUGUGUAUUGUUGUGUGUGUGUGUAUAGUUGAUUUUUGUAGUCCGUCCAUAAUGACAAUCAGUAUACUCAGAGCUACAUGCCUGCCUAUGCAGAAGCUUCAUGCUUGCUGAUGUAAAGAGCACAUGUUUUAUUUUCCAUACCUGUCAUUAUGCUUCAAACACGCUGUAAGCACAAUAGGGAAAAAAUACAGUGUGCGUAACUUAUGUGCUAACACGGCUCACUUCAUUCAAAAGAAAGUAGUUUAAAGAGGUAUUUUUGUAAUAUUGUGAUAUUUCACUGCCUGAAUUGGAUUAUAUCAAAAGUUCCAUUUUGUUUGAUUUUGUUUGUUAAGAGAAAAAUGUUGCAAAUGAAGAAAACUGUUAAAAACACACGAUAGACCUUUUAAACAUACGACUGAAUCUCAAGAGUUGAUUUUAUUUUGUGUUCUCAGCCAAGCCAAUACUAAUCUCUUGAUGAUAUUUCUCAUUGAGCCAGUACAGCACAAGUGCAUUUGACAUUUCUUGAAUGUAAUCUAUAUGAAAUUGUUUUUUUCCCCCCUUUUUUGUAAAUAAUAGACGCAAAGUGUGAUUGUCCAUUUGUUACCGUUAACUUUGAGUAGACUGAUACAGAAACAGUUUUUUGUUUUAUCUAUGUUUUUAUGUGUCUCUAGUUCUUUUAAUAUACACAAUGUUAUAGCUAUCAUCACAUAUUUCAUGUUUUAUUACAAUGGAGAACUGAAGGGAAUUAUAAUACAUUACCUGAUAGGUUAUAUUUUUUGUCUAUGCGUUUGUUAUUAUUAUUUUACAAUCCUUAAAGAAAUCUUUGGUCAUGAAGAGGUUAUUAAUACUUUCUUAUUUUAUUUUUCAGUGUUGAUAGUUUUCAUGUAUUUUGUCUCAUCUUGCGUCGACUACAAUUUGUGCCUCCUUUAAAAAAAAAAAAAGUUUGUUUCCUGCUAUUUUUGUAUCCUUAAAAAGUAGCAAUAAAUAAUAACCAUAUACGUCA